AUGUGGUGGUGUCUGGCUGAGAGCGCGCGGGAAGAGUGCAGGGAUUGGCUGCGGGGACAAGCCAACAUGGAUGUGGGCAUCAUGACCGAUGCUCGAGGCCAUUGCCUCCUGGUGCGUUUUCGCGCCUGCAAUGACCGCUUGGAGCUGCGAAGUGGGUGCUUGGGCGUGGUGGAGAGUGUGGGCGGGGCAGAGGAAUUGGCAUCCUCUACGCAGAAAUGUGUCAAGCAGUAUUUCACACGAGGCAUUGGAGCAUUGUCAGGCUCGUCCAGGCAGCUCGGUGUUUGGGAUGAGCAGCUCCAGGCACAUUUCUGCGAGCAAGUUACCAGUCAGACUGCAGACGGCGCUCCUUACGCUCAGGCAGCUUGUCGGAAAUUGGCGGCUGGGAUAUUUCCAAGAACCAUGGCAAUCGCAAGAGACAGAAGUCAUGCCAUAGUCGGUGCCACGAAGAACACUGCCUCAGCCGAUGAGCUUCUGGUUCGCUUCAAGGAAGAGUUCAUUUCAGGCAAGGACUCUUUUGCCAAGGAGGCCACACACUGCGCAGAGUUCAAGCAGAAAGUAGAGCACGCUUGCGCUGCGCAGCAGGAGGUUGCAAAAGCAGCGGGGCUAUCUUCCAUCCCAGUCUUGGCGGGCCUUCGCUACGGGAAAGCUCGUUUUCAGACUCAGGUUGACCCAGAGAGGCGGUUCUUGCUGCAGCUGCUUGGGAUGAAGAAGGCCCUGGAACACAGGGCCAUUGACACCAAGGUCACACCUGCCAAGCGCCAGUGGGCCCGCUCAAAGUUGCAGGCUCUGAGCUUCGAUGUUGUGGCUGUAGUCGCAGCCUUUUGCGAUGGUUCUGAGCACUGUCUUGACUUUGUCCGCCAAGUGGAAGCAGAGAGUCGUCAUGACCCAGCCCUGUUUGCGCUCCAGAUCCACGAGUUUCUAGAGAAGUUGUUGCUUGGCUUUGCCUGGCAGAUGUCCCACAUGUUAUUAUUUUGCGUUAGAUCACGGUGGGAUUGA